AUGGGGCACGGCCACUUUUUCCAGAGGCUUUUUCAGCUCGACGUGUACCGCGACGGCAGGGCCGAGAGGUCCGGCAAGGCCGUGAGGGCCGGCAAGGUCGUCAAGGGGCCCCUGUUUGGGUUGCCGGCGGGGGUGCAGGAGUUCUUCGACAAGUUGUCGGAGAAGUACGUCCAUGCCGAGCCAUUGCUCAUGCAGGACACCACCCAAGCAGAGCUGGACUACAUCGCCGCCAGGGCGGCGGCGGCGGAGGUCGCCAAGGAGGCUAGCAGCGCCGGCUACGUGGAGGAUGAGGCCGUGGCUACCGCGGAGGAGAAGGAGCUUGUCGGGUGGGCGGAGUCUGCUGGGGAGGCCAACAGCGCCGACACUGGGGCCCCUCUCAUUGAAGAUGUGGUCGAUGAGUCAACCGAGGAAGAGGCCGAGGCUGACGACCCUCAGGCCUUGGAAAAAAGGCGUGUCCUGCGGCGGGCCACCUCUGGAGGAGGACGGUGGCAAGAGGAGCCACUGAGGGCCACCCUCAACACGCCAUCCCCAUCAACCACGCCGCCCCGAGGGGCGUCCCGGGCAAGGGUGCCGAGCCCCGAGCCCAUGCGCACGGAGGAGGAGGAGAACCCGGGCGCCGGCGGCUCCGUCCCGGCACCGAAUGUUGGUGGGGAAGGGGCCACUUCUUCCAAGCCUGGCAUGCGCGCUUCCUCGGCGGACCAGGAGAACAUCGAUACUGUCACCGAGGAGGUCACCAGGGAUGCUGAGGCCGAGGUCAACAAGAUCGCCGCCGAGGAGCCCGCCAGGACCGCCGAUGGGGCCGCCGCCAAGGGGCCUGCCGGGGAGGCCGGCAAGGCCACUGCCGAGGAGGCCAGCAAGGGUGCUGCCGAGGAGGGGGCAGUCGUCGACCAACCUUCCUCCUCUAUCGUCUCCGGCUCGGGCAAGGGCGACGAGCACCAGGGCGCCCACCGAGAGGAGGUGUUUGAUGAUGAGGUGCUCGCCGCCACUGGGCUUGAGGUUGUCGAUGAACCGACCGCUAGUGGCGGCGGUUCCCAGGAGGAGGAGCUCCUUCGGGGCAUGAGCGCCAACUUCCUGAAGCUCCAGGCACUCCACCGUGCCCGUCUGGACAAGGCAAAGUCCAGGAUUGCGGCGGUGGACAAGGCGGAGGCGGACCUCACGGGGCGUGUCGCUGAGACGCAGGCUUGGUUUCGCCAAGCCCAUGAGGAGCUGAAGGUUGCCCAGGACCUGCUGGCCGAUCGCAAGCUGGAGCUUGUCAUGAAGCAGGCUGACAUCAAGAAGGCCCAGGAGCUGGCGAAGCAGCAUGCCGCCAAAGACAAGGCCGCUCGGCACCAGCACCAGGCCGAGCUAAACUCCCAGGAGGAGGACCUUGCCGCUCGUGGCAGCACCAUCAUCUGCACCUGCAUCUCCUUCCCGGCAAGGCGAUUUGCCGGGGAGUUAGAUGCAGAGGUGGGGAUGGUGCUUCCCGGCUUCCUCCAGCAGCCUGCCAGCUAG